CAGCAGCGAGAGCAGCGGCAGCAGUCCCAGAUCCUCCGUACAGCACUGCUGGGUCCGACUGCGUUUGGCGGUGGGGGGGUUGUUUUGAUUAAAGCUCACGGAUUUUAGUUGUUUUUUUUUUUCCCUCAAGUUUUUCACGUUUUGUUUUUUUUAAUUCCCGCGUCGUUGCAGUUAAAACCAGGAUGUUUGAUGUGUUUUCUACCAGUUCAACUUUUCUUCAUGUCCCCGAGGGAGCAACGAAGUUGGGAAUAACCGAUGUUGAAGCUGAGAGGAGCCAACUCUUCCAACUCUUCCCACUGCCUCAACUCUCACUACUCAACGGGCUGCACUAUGCUAAGCUAACCCGCUAGCCAAUGCAGUUGAAAUUCCUCUUAAAAAGUCCCCAAACCAGACGGCGAACUUUACAUUUCGGGCUUCGGCGAUUACAUGAUAUUUGCCGGCGACUUCCAGAGAGAAACCCGUCCCUCGGAGCGUCGCUUUACCCCCUCGGAGCGGCCGGUGCAGGUGCACCUCUGUGCGGCACCUGCGAAGACUUGUUGCUCCAUCGGUGAGAGCUAACUUUAGCUCGUCCGCGUUAGCAUUGGGCAGAAACCGGAGAGUGGGUCGCUGAGGGCUGAUGUUUCUCUCGUAGCGGUGAUUAAUUGAGUAUUAAUACAUUACGUGUUCACUUUAUAUUGCUGUUUAACCGUCAGCACAUGAAGUUGUGGCGUUAGCUGAAAGUACUCCGGCUCACGGUAGUUGUUGACCCUCACGGUAUCGGAGUGGCGACGUGGAUAACGUUACGGGGCUGUAGACGCCGUCUGUCCCAGGACUUUGGACGCGGUUUGACUCUGCCGUGGGCUGCACAGGGGGCUCCUCUCUGUUCUCAUCAGCUAGUCUCGUACAUGUGACAGCAUGAGGAUUUCUAAAAGUGACCUUUUACGGGUUUAAAGUUUUCAUUUUGCUCUAAAUAAAAGCUCUGCACCCUAUGGUGCCGCUACGGCCACCGAGAAAUGGAUGUCUCGCAGGCCGCUUUCCCAAACGGUGAAGGGCGGCCGGGCGGCGGUGGGACCGGGGAGCAUGCCUGGACGGACCCCCCCACAGUUCGGUCGUGGGCUCACUCUGCCCCGCUGUGCCCGACUCGGUCCCUGUGGACAGCCGCAUAUGACUACGAGGCAAGCGGCGAGGACGAGCUCAGCCUCAGGCGAGGGGACGUGGUGGAGGUCCUGUCCAAGGACGCAGCGAUCUCCGGGGACGAGGGGUGGUGGACGGGUAAAAUCAACCACCGGGUCGGGAUCUUCCCCUCCAACUAUGUCACCUACCAGCCCGCUAUUUACCGUCUGCCCGCUACGAGUGGGACGGUGGGGGUCCCAGAGCAAGUCCCGAGCUCCCCUGUCCAGAUCCCUUUCAGUGAACUGGUGCUAGAGGAGAUCAUAGGCGUGGGUGGAUUUGGCAAAGUUUACCGGGGCACAUGGAAAGAUCAGGAGGUUGCCGUGAAGGCGGCUCGGCAAGACCCGGACGAGGACAUAGCAGCCACCGCCGGCGGUGUUAAACAAGAGGCGAAACUCUUCUCCAUGCUGCAGCACCCAAACAUUAUUAAACUGGAGGGGGUUUGUUUGGAGGAGCCCAACCUGUGCCUGGUCAUGGAGUAUGCCCGAGGCGGGACACUGAACCGGGUGUUGACCGGAAGGCGCAUCCCUCCUCACAUCCUGGUCAACUGGGCCGUGCAGAUCGCACGCGGGAUGCACUACCUGCACGAGGAGGCCGUGGUACCCAUUAUCCAUCGUGACCUGAAGUCUAGCAACAUUUUAUUACUUGAAAAGAUUGAGAAUGACGACAUCGGGAGGAAGACCUUGAAGAUCACAGAUUUCGGCCUGGCCAGGGAGUGGCACAAAACCACAAAAAUGUCAGCUGCAGGCACCUACUCCUGGAUGGCCCCCGAGGUCAUCAAGUCAUCUCUCUUCUCCAAAGGCAGUGAUGUCUGGGGGUAUGGUGUCUUGCUGUGGGAGCUGUUAACGGGGGAGGUACCUUACCGCGGGAUAGACGGCCUGGCUGUUGCUUACGGCGUGGCUGUUAAUAAGUUAACUCUACCAAUCCCCUCCACAUGCCCCGAACCCUUCGCCAAGCUCAUGGAAGAGUGCUGGGACCAGGACCCCCACGUGCGUCCCUCCUUCUCCUGCAUCCUGGAGCAGCUGUCGGCCAUCGAGGAGGCGGUGAUGGCCACCAUGCCCCAGGACUCUUUCCACAGCAUGCAGGACGACUGGCGUGUAGAAAUCCAGGAGAUGUUUGAUGAGCUCAGGACCAAAGAGAAGGAGCUACGAUCCAGAGAAGAGGAGCUCACGCGGGCCGCCCUCCAGCAGAAGUCUCAGGAGGAGCUACUGAAGCGUCGGGAGCAGCAGCUGGCAGAGCGGGAGAUUAACGUGCUGGAGAGAGAGCUUAACAUCCUCAUUUUCCAGCUCAACAAAGACAAACCCAAUGUGAAGAAGAGGAAAGGCAAAUUCAAACGUUCCCGCCUUAAACUGAAGGAUGGAAACCGCAUCAGCUUGCCCUCAGACUUCCAGCAUAAGAUCACUGUGCAGGCGUCGCCUUCCAUGGACAAGAGACGGAGCCUCCAUAGCACCAGCUCCUCUCCUCCCAGCAGUCCCACACUCAUCCCCCGACUACGAGCCAUUCAGCUUACUCAAGAUGAGAGCAACCGUACAUGGGGCCGCAGCACCCCCUUCAGGCCAGAGGAGUUUGAUGAUGUGAAAAAGGGAAUCAAGAAGAAAGGAAGAACCUGGGGCCCCAGUUCAGUACAGAGCAAAGAAAGGCCCGCUGCUGCUGAGAGAGUGCGCCCUCUUUCCGACGGCAGUAAUCCCUGGUCCACCAGCUUGGUCAAGUCCCAGAAGUCUGUCCCCCUCGCUGCCCUGUUUGCUGAACAAGCGGGGGCCGGUAAAGACGAGGCAUUCUCCCCGGAAUGUCCUGACAGCAGCUCCAAGCCAAAGCAGCUCAAGUUCCCCAACCAGGUGUACAUCGAUCUACCUCUGUGGAGGGACGAGCAGCAGCCUCAGAGCCCCGGUGGCCAUUGUGGGCCGGGGGAUGCCGGAGUCGGGGCAGGAGGUAAGGGCGGCCCACCAGAGACCCCAGACGACCCCUACACCACCACAUCCACCUCGUCCACCUCCACCACCCCACAGCUCACCCCCACCAACAGCCUGAAGCGGACGUCGGCUCGCCGCAAGACCGACUCCGUGCUGUACGGCUGCGGCUCGUUGCUGGCUUCAGUCGUGCUCGGUUACGACAUCAUGGAGGCUCUCAAAAACUCUGCCCCUGGGGAAGAUUGCGAGCCCCAGCGUGAGGAGAAGGAGAAGGAGAAGAAGAAGAAGGAGGGCCUGUUUCAGCGCGCAACCCGGUUCCGCCGCAGCACCUCGCCGCCGAGCGGUCGCCCCCGCAAAGACGAGGCAUCGUCGAACCACACCUCCACCCAACCUGUCAAUCUCAUCUCCAUGUCAGCCAUUGUGGAAUGCAACUCCACAAAGUGUCUCUUACAGUCUGAGGCGGAGGUGUCUGAGUCCAGCCCUGGGAAGGUUGGGCUUGUAGCUGUCAAUCAUCACGCAGAGCCAAACAGACCGGGCCCGGCCGCAUCUACGGACAUCCAGAGUAACAGGACCGCAGCUACAACACAGACACCAGUGCAAACCCAAAGCCAGCCACCAGAGCAGAGCAACCACAACACAGGAACACGUCUACGCAGAAAGAAAUACUCCACCAACCACAAUACAAACAGAGUCUCCCUUGGCGCCUACUCUGGAGACGAACGCACGGCUCAGAACCUAGAACGUGGGUGCUGUCCCCAGGAUGUGGGGGUGGGCCUGCUCCCUGCUGGACAUGGACAACAGAGGGGCAAGAAGAAGACUGCAACUGUGCCUGCUCUGCCCGCAUCUCAGAAGUUCCCGCGGCGCGGCCCUGGGCCCGUGCUUUGA